AUGGCCUCUUUUGGAUAUUUCCUGUUUCUUUGUGGGUUGAGUCAGGCUCUGUCAAGUUACCCAAUCUGGUGGUCCCUGGCCAUUGGUCACCAGUACUCGUCCCUGGGGACCCAGCCCAUCCUGUGUGGGAGCAUCCCGGGGCUGGUGCCCAAGCAGCUCCGCUUCUGCAGGAACUACGUGGAGAUCAUGCCCAGCGUGGCAGAGGGGGUGAAGAUUGGCAUCCAGGAGUGCCAGCACCAGUUCCGAGGGAGGAGGUGGAACUGCACCACUGUCAACGACAGCUUGGCCAUCUUUGGGCCCGUGCUGGAUAAAGCCACCAGGGAAUCAGCCUUCGUCCACGCCAUCGCCUCCGCCGGGGUGGCAUUCGCUGUCACCAGGUCCUGUGCCGAGGGCUCGGCCACCAUCUGCGGGUGUGACACGCGCCACAAGGGCUCUCCUGGCGAGGGCUGGAAGUGGGGAGGCUGCAGUGAGGACGUGGAGUUCGGCAGCAUGGUGUCCCGGGAGUUCGCGGACGCGCGGGAGAACCGGCCCGACGCGCGCUCGGCCAUGAACCGGCACAACAACGAGGCUGGAAGGACGUCCAUCAUUGAGCUGAUGCACCUCAAGUGCAAGUGCCACGGGCUCUCGGGCAGCUGUGAGGUGAAGACCUGCUGGUGGUCCCAGCCCGACUUCAGGGUCAUCGGCGACUACCUCAAGGACAAGUACGACAGCGCGUCCGAGAUGGUGGUGGAGAAACACCGGGAAUCCCGCGGCUGGGUGGAGACCCUGCGGCCCAAAUACAACUUCUUCAAGGCCCCCACUGAGAAGGACCUGGUCUACUACGAGAACUCGCCAAACUUUUGCGAGCCCAACCCCGAGACAGGCUCCUUCGGGACCCGCGACAGGAUCUGCAACGUCACCUCCCACGGCAUCGACGGCUGUGACCUUCUGUGCUGCGGCCGCGGGCACAACACGAGGACUGAGAAAAGGAAAGAGAAGUGUCACUGUAUCUUCCACUGGUGCUGCUACGUCCGCUGCCAGGAGUGCAUACGAGUCUACGACGUCCACACGUGCAAAUAA